UCCAAUCUGUGGAUUCUUCUGGCUACGGCUUGAGUCAUCGAUGGACUCUCCCAAACGCAUGUACUGACAUUAUGUCGCUACAUGUGAUGUAGCCCAUCCAUGGUUCAAGGCGUAGCCUGAAGAAUCGUCAGGAUGGAGUUUAUCAAUGAAUUGACUAGGUCAACUCAUUGAUGAGCUCCAACCGGUUGAUUCUUCGGUCGACUGUGUCAACUCAUUAAUAAUUAUAGGAUUUGUUUAUUAGCAAUUAUUGGAACCUCAUAUUAAACUUAUACCCAGUUAAAUAUGUUAUAUACAUUGACAAUUGACAAUACUUACAUAAAAAUUUGAUCUUCUAUUAUAAGCGUUCUAACAAAAAACAAAAUAAAUUAAUAUAUUUUAGAUGAGCAACGAACAAUCGACCUCGGCUCCCCGCCCUAACUAUGCGCCCAUGUCCGAAGCGGAGCGCAACAACGAGGGAGCUGUUUGGGUGACCCCUGGAGAUGUUGCUUUGUAAGUAGUUAUGAUAAAACCUUAUUUUCAAUAAUUUUAAAUAAUGUUAAAUAAUCUAACCAAAGGUUAUAUAAAUAAAUACUAUUAAUUUUUUAAGUGACGAACAAGUGUUCAAAGGCAUCAAAAGCAUAAUCGGAGGACACUUUCUUGGCACUUGGGCCACGUACUCGGAUGUUGACCCCAAGGUUCGCGAACUAUGGUGGAACCUGUUCAAGGCUCGCUAUCGUUGGACUCACGCAAACGGUCCCGAUAUUCUUAGAGCCUUCAAUGCUAGGAUUUCGACCUGGCUUCGCGCCACUUUUAAGCGUGCCCGGAAAAGUGCGAAAAAGCCUAAAUGGGUUUCGGAUGAAGUGUGGUCCAACCUUUGUCGCCACUGGUCUUCUGAUCCAAAAUUCUUGGCCAGAAGUGAAUCCGGUAAGAAAAACCGGAUGUCCGAGAAGGCCUUGGAGAUGCAGUGGCACGGAGGUCGCAAAUCUCAGAAUGCCCAUAAAGAAACUCUUGUAAGUGCUAUUCAAAAAACCUUACACCAUCACAGUCCUUCAUUAUAAAAAAUUUACUUAAGUCUUUUUCACACCAUUUAGGCUGGUCCCGAAAAGAAGAGGGUUGAUGUUCUCCGGCUCGUCAAGCAUUGCUGGACGAAGCACGGCGAGGAAUCUGAAGCCGAUCUGCCACCCCGCCUCGCUGACUUCGAAACGAAGUACAACGAAUCCGUUGACAGGCAGCGUGCGGCACGAGGCUUGACCCAGGAGGACGACCUCGAUUCCGAUGCGGAUGAUGAGGCGGCCAUUGAGGCGGCCGGGGUUUACAAGGGCCGGGUUCCAUGCUUAGGGGCCGAGGGGCAACGGAUUUUGUAUGAUCGAAGCACCGGCGCUUCCUCUUCUCGGUCAAGGCGGGGAGAAGAUCCCCGUAUUGCUACAAUGCAGCGUGAACUAGAGGAGCACGAACGGCGAUGGGAGGAGCAGCGGAAAGCAGAUGCUGCCACAAAAGCCCGGUUGGAGGAGAUGGAACGGUACAUGCGUGCCGGAUUCCAGCCUCCGCAACAGCCUUUUCCUCCCCCGUACGUAUUCCACCCUGAGCAAACUCCUCAAGUUCCGCACAUGGGCGGUAUGGUAUUUUUCCCCAACUCCGGAUAUGGUGGCAUGCCUAUGAUCUCCCCGAAUUUUGGUUCUAUGUCCUUUGAUUUUGCGAGGUCAUCCGGAGGAGGUAGUGGCACACCGAGCCACGGAGGCCGAGGAGCACCCCGAGGAGGACCCCGAGGAGCACCCCGAGUAGGAACCCGACCUGACCAUGAAGACCCCCCCGUGAACCCAGAUGAGUUUCUUGUUGAUGAUGAUGAUGAAGAAGAAGAAGAAAAUCCAGAUUUUUUUCAUAAUGGAG